UCCUCGUUCUCGCUCAUUCCCACCCCGCCGUCAGCAUCUCCUGUGCCGUCCCUGCUUCAGAGAGAGUCCACUCUGCUUGGAGGAUGAUCACCGGGGCGAUGCUGGAGGCUUUUGCAUCUUCCCGUAAAGCAGAUAUUUGUUUUCUGCUAAUUGCCAAGCGGCGGUUUGUCCCCUGAAAAGCUGGAGUGCUGGAAUGAACAGAGCUUGGAAUUGGCUGCAAAUACAGGUGGUGGAAAAAAAGGAGGAGAAAAUAAGCAGAAGUGUGGAUUCUCUUGCUCGUGACCGCAGGCUCACAGGAGAUUUUUGUCCGUUUUGCAGCUUUCACCUUAUUUUCUAUUUCAGUCUGUGCUGACUCUUUGUCAGAAACAGCUGUUUCAAGGCUCAAGGAGUGAUAUUGUAACACAAAGGUGCAGUUUUCCUUCAGUUUGCACUGAGAAAAAAAGCCUUUUUGUCACUUUACUUAUUUGUUCUUUCAAUGGUCUGUUCACAUAUUUAAUUUUCCCUCUUUCUGCAGUGAUAGGUAUCACUUUAUAUAACCUAAGUCUCCUGAAAUUAUCUCACAAACGUUUUCUUCUGGGCUAAAAAAUAUUCUGGGAAUUUCCCUUUUUUAGUUUUUUGGUCACAUCCCUGGCAGCUUUGUUUUUCAGCCUCCGUCCAUCGUCUUUGCCUUAGGGCAGACUGGAAUCGGUACGUGCACGCUGCGUGCGCUCUCUCCCAACUGUGAGCUCUGCUUCCUUCUCCAGCCUGCUCUCCUGCCCCCCAUUCCUCCCUCUGCCCUGACACCAUGCACUCCUCCUCCUCCAACGGGCUCUGGAACUCCACCGAGCAGGUGGGGGUCAACAGAUCCGAGGGCAACGUCUCCGGAGGGAUGCAUCUGGACGAGGAUGAGGAGGAAGGAGAUCAGCAUCCCUUCCUGACCGAUGCCUGGCUGGUCCCUUUGUUCUUCUCGCUCAUCAUGCUGGUUGGACUUGUCGGCAACUCUCUGGUUAUCUAUGUGAUUUCUAAACACAGACAGAUGAGGACGGCCACUAACUUCUACAUAGCAAACCUGGCUGCCACUGAUAUCAUCUUCUUGGUGUGCUGCGUCCCCUUCACCGCCACCCUGUACCCCCUACCUGGAUGGAUCUUCGGCACAUUUAUGUGCAAGUUUGUUGCUUUUUUGCAGCAGGUGACAGUGCAGGCUACUUGUAUCACCCUGACUGCAAUGAGUGGCGAUCGUUGUUAUGUGACCGUCUACCCCCUGAAAUCUCUCCGCCACCGUACCCCAAAAGUAGCCAUGAUUGUCAGUAUCUGCAUUUGGAUAAGCUCUUUCAUACUGUCAUCUCCGAUCCUAAUUUACCAACGACUAGAGGAGGGAUAUUGGUACGGCCCGAGACAAUACUGCGUGGAAAGAUUUCCCUCAAAGCUUCACGAGAGGGCCUUCAUCCUCUACCAGUUCAUAGCUGCGUACCUGCUGCCGGUGCUGACGAUCUCCUUCUGCUACACUCUGAUGGUAAAAAGGGUUGGUCAGCCCACAGUGGAACCAAUAGACCACCACUAUCAGGUCAACCUUCUGUCUGAAAGAACAAUCAGCAUCAGGAGCAAAGUCUCCAAGAUGGUGGUGGUGAUCGUUCUACUCUUCGCCAUCUGCUGGGGUCCCAUCCAGAUAUUUGUCCUUUUUCAAUCCUUCUACCCAAACUACCGUCCAAACUACACAACCUACAAGAUCAAGACAUGGGCCAACUGCAUGUCCUACGCUAACUCUUCAGUCAACCCCAUCAUCUAUGGAUUCAUGGGGGCCAGCUUUCAGAAGUCCUUCAGGAAAAUCUUCCCCUUCCUGUUUAAGCACAAGGUCCGAGAUAGCAGCAUGGCCUCAAGGACCGCCAAUGCCGAAAUCAAGUUUGUGGCUGCAGAGGACGGGAACAAUAAUGACUGACAGUAAACGCAAAAACACAAGAGGAAAGUGUUUGUAUGGUCUUACAAUCUACAAUAACAAUGAUUGUAUGGUUUUUAUUCAUUAAAUAAGAGGUUAAAUGUCACGUAACACUUUUUCUUUCAAAGAGAUCUUUGAACUUAACAAAUCAUAAUCAAAUGUUUAUCAAAGCCACAAGCGGCGUCGCAUGGGCUGAAGGCGACACCUGCCCUUGAACUCGUCGCUCCCCUUUGACCCGCCUUCACGGCUGCCACAAGGCCGUUUAGCCAGUCACAGCUUUUCUUCUUGUUUAAUCUCCAUAGCAACUAUUUCAUCGUUUUGUUGGCAGGGGUUUACAAACAGGUCUUUGUAAUUUUUCAGAAGAAUUAGCAAAAGGAAACGUUUAGAUUCCCUUGGCAACAGAGGUUUGUGUUGACCACGCCCACCUUCCUAAUAUGUUCCAAUUGUAUGUCCUAUCGCUUUGUUCAGCUUGAGCCAAAGGUCCCUGUAUUACAUUUCACAACAUUUUCUGAUCAAUAAAGGAACACGACACCUUUGCCGACUCGUCCUACAAACAAUGUUAAAAACUUCUUAUUCCAGGACUUUUUCUCCUGCCGAUAAAGUGAAAUCCCAAAGAAGAGUUUUAAUAUGUGGCUCGUACUAAAGGUGAUUUGUUUUUCUGUUUUUGUUUUAAAUAAUGGCACCCUCUUCCUAAAAUUAAAGGUCAGAAAAUGUU